AUGAAAAAACAUAAGAAAAGGGACCGGUCAUCAAGUAGUGAUGACGAGCUAUCGAAAAAAGAAUUACUAAGAAGAAUUCAUAAGUUGGAACGAUCCCAAGAAAGACGAAGGUCACGUUCCCGUACAUACUCUAGUAAGCGCCAUCGGCGUUCGGAGUCGAGCGUGCGUUCUCGCUCUCGCCGACUGGAAUCAGGUGACCGACGCAGGCUAACUCGCUCUCCCACACAGACGCGAAAGGUCGAUUCUUCCCCGUCGCGCCAUCGACAGCGCUCAUGGGUGGAGCGGGGAGAGCUUUCCAGCUGUUCCUGCGAUAGAAGUCGAUUCUCUAGACUGUCGAGAGCACAGGGACGCAUUCAGCCCGUCGGCGCCGAAGUUUUUCUGCAGAGCGAUACUCGUACGUAUCGACGAAUGCAGACGCAACCAACAAUGAGGGAUUCAACUUGCAUGUUGAAAACCUUGUACGACGACGACCAAACAGUCCAGACAAUAUUACAGCAGAAGGAGGCCAUUCUCCGUCACUAAUAAUAAAUAAUGACGUUGAGCUAGGCGACGAUUUUUUGGCCAUUUUAGGAAGCGAUCCAAAGGAAGGUGGAAAGUCAACUUUCCAACUUCAUAAGGCCAUAUCCUCGCGAUGGGAUCAUAUAUUGUCUAAUGGCUUAUCGGACGAGGACAAACGGGUUUUAAAUGACCGUCACAAAAUACCAGAGAAUUUACCCUUGUUAGUGCCACCUGAGGUUAACGCUGAAAUCUUGGCAAUUAUGUCAGCGCUUCAUAAAAAGAGAGAUUCUGGUUACUCGGCAAUUCAAAAUCAGAUUUCUCAUGGUCUUUCAGCUCUUGGACAGGGCCUUAAAAUAAUUCUUGAAGAGGGCAAUAAUUUUCCUAAGGAAUUAAAGGAAAAUUUGAUGACUCCUCUUUGGGAUUCAGGUAAAAUUUUAACCAAUUUAUUUUUUAGCCUAUCGCAAACUAGACGUACCUUGAUUUCUCAAACUGUAAACAGACAGGUGAAAGAUAUUAUAGAAAAAUCUGUUCCUGACACCUCCUUGUUUGGUUUGGAUUUCGGGGAAAAAAUUAAAUCUGCCCGAAUGCUGGAAAAGACAAUGGCGAAAGAAGAGGAGGGAGGAAAUCAAUUCCGGAAAACCGAUAUCGCCCAGGUCGUCCAGGGAGGGGGACGAAACCUUACAAGGGCCAACAAUCCUCGAGACACGAGAAGUUCUAUUCCAGGAAAAACAAGUAAUUCCGCUCACAACACAAGAUGGCGAAGAACCUUACCCUGGUUGCAGCAAAAUUAUCUGGAAUGCAUUACUGCUGAAAAAUUACCCAGAAAAUACAUUACGAACCGUACUUCAAUCAUUAUCAGCUGGAACGCUUAAACAGUACAAUUCCACCUAUAAACUUUGGUGGGGUUUUUGCCAAAAACAUAAUCUUUCUGUUUACAAAUCCGGGUUACUCGACCACCUUACAAGUGUGCAUCGAAACAAACAAUUAGCAAAUGGGUCAAAGAAUUAUUGGCGCGUGCCGGCGUUAAUACAGAAGAGUUUCGCGCCCAUUUUACUAGACAUGCGUCUACGUCAGCCGCGAGAAGAAAAGGAAUUUCUUUGGAUCUCAUUCGCCAGACUGCAGGCUGGUCAGAAGAUUCCUCUACGUUUGCAAGAUUUUAUAAUCGUCCUGUUAUAG